AUGUCUUCUGCUGUAGCAGAGCUGGACAGCUAUCUCCAGUCCAUGCUGGCCCUGAAGCCUCCGGGUGUGUCAGGUUCUAAGAUCAACAGCAUCACUCAACUCUGUACGGCCAAUGUUCAGUCCGAAUCUGUCCUCAUUCAGAAGAUCUACACGCACUUCAAGAGAGCUCCGGGAACACACAAGCUGGGCGUACUCUAUGUCGUAGACUCUGUAACUCGACAAUGGGUAGAAGCAGCACGAAAAGCAGGCCAACCCUCUGGGAGCGCCGCUCCUGAUGGGACCUUCGCUGCUGGGGUCAACAGAGUGACAGAACUCUUGCCCGUCCUGAUGACAGAUAUCAUAAACAACGCUCCUGAAGAUCAAAAGGAGAAGAUCAAGAAGCUGGUCGACAUCUGGGAGCGUGGAUGCACGUUUCCUGCACCCAUGCUUGCUUCUUUCAAGGAGAAACUAAACGCACCGCCAUCUAAAAACGUUGAGUCUACUACACCAGAAGGAUCCCCGGCUCCAAAUUACAUUCCCCUUGGAGCUUCACAACCGCAACAGCAGAACGGCACGGCCGCAACAACAACGACAACAACAGCAACCACUUCUGCGGCGCCCGCUCAGGCUGCGCCAGACACGUCCAGCAUUUUGAAAGCUCUGGCAGACAUGGCGAAGCAGAACACCGCAGCUCCUGCAGCGCCUAGUGUUCCUGCGCAGACUAGCCCUCUUAAUGUAUUAAACGCGCAGAAUGCAGUCCCGCAACCCGUGUCCUCGUCCGUAGACCAGGCUUCUCAACCAGCGAGCGGGCAGGCUGCUGUAAACCCAUUCGCGAACCCCUUUGCGGCCCUGGGUAAUCUUGCGCAAAAUCAAAGCAUGGUCCCUCAGAGUCAAAGCCAGACAUCCAACCCAAUUCCUGCUACUCAGCAAAAUCCUUUAGCUGCGUUGUUGCCACAAGCAGCUGCGGCUCCUGCGAUCUCGCCCGAGGCAUUGCAACAGAUUCAGCUGCUUCAGUUGCUCGCCGCGCAAGGUAUCCCGCAGGAGCAGUGGGCGACAGCUCUCCAAAUCCUAAGCCUCACCAACAGCGCUAAUGCUGGUAUGGCCAACAUGAACGCCGCUCAGACUGGUUAUAACAUGCAAACUGCAACCAGUCAGCCAUCCUGGCCAGGCCGUACUGAUGCAGCAUCACGUGAUUCUGACCGGGACCGCGAGAAGGACCGCGAGUACAUGCGAUCCCCCCCAGGCCAGUAUCGUCGCCGCUCGCGUUCUCCCGACUGGGAUCGACGUCGUGAUGUUUCUCCUCCCCGUCGUCGCGAUAGCCCUGUGUAUGGCGAGUAUCAUGGAGACUCCCCUAGCCGGAGGGGCGGAGAUCCUCGUGACGCCCGUGGCCGGCGAGGCAAUGACUACCGCCAGCGUAGCCCGCCAGGCAGGAGACGUCGCACUCCCACUCCCCCUCGUAAGGACCCUUCACUUCCUCCACCCGGACCGAAGCUGGUCGAGUGGGACUAUUCCAUCGGUCAAGGAAAUAUCAAAGUGUUGAGCCGGACCCUUUUUGUUGGCGGCGUAACUUCCUCGGAAGCUCAUCUGCGCACUCUGUUCAACAAAUAUGGUGUUGUUCAGACGUGCAUCGUCAAUAUUGACAAGCGCCACGCAUUCAUCAAGAUGAUUAGCCGUAGAGACGCUGUGAAUGCCCGGGAGGGUAUGGAGACUUACAAGUCGGGUGAUAUGCAGCUCAGAACUCGAUGGGGUGUCGGCUUUGGUCCUCGUGACUGCAGUGACUACCAGACGGGUAUCAGUGUGAUCCCGAUCGAGAGACUCACGGAAGCAGACAAGAAAUGGUUGCUCACCGCAGAGUAUGGUGGAACGGGUGGAAGACCCAUCGAAUCUGGCAUGGUCGUCGAGGAGCCCGAUAUUGAAAUCGGUGCCGGAGUUUCGUCGAAAGCGAUCAGCAGACGCAUGGCGACUGAUCAGGGUGGAAAGCGUGGUCCUCAAUCUUCUCGGGCCCAGCACGAGCGUUUCCGUCGUCAGGAGCGCGGUUCGGACAGCAAUAGCGGCGGCGCUAAUAGUGGUGCAGGAGGCUCUGGAGGCAAUAAUACUGACCGCGAUUCCUCGAAUGCGAACAAUCCUGCCGUGCCGCCAGCUGUCCCUGGUUUUGGCUUCUCUUUCCCCGGAAUGCCUAUGUUCCCUCCUGGUUUCAUGAUGGGAGGAACUCAGGCCGGGUCCACCAGCACGACGCAAGCUCAGCCACCUCCCCCUGGUCAAAGCAGCAGCAGCAGCUAA